CCAGCCAUUAUAGAUGGUCCUUCCUUGUUAGCGGUGACUGGCAUUGUUACAUAUUUUCCCUUGCUCCGCUUUCACUAUGGAAGUCACAGUGUUAGCCUGGGGACCGACCCAUUCAAACAUACAUAUUAGUUCGGUAUUAAAGCGGUAGUGAACUUCAUCAGGCAAUUGUACGAAAGGCUAAAUCUCAAACCGAUCGUGACUCUGGAGCUCAGUUAUUUAUUGUUUAAAUUAUUGUUCCAUUUCGAUAAUCACGUUACUAUAAUAUUUCAAGAAGGCCAGCUCGUAGAAAGAGGUGUCCAUAAUUCGUGCAUUACUGGUUGGUAGCAUUUUCCAUAAGAAUCCUGCGAGGUGAAGAAUCUACGCACUUUCACUCACAAAUUCUCAUCUCGCCUCGCUCUGAAAUGUGAGAGGGCAUCUGUGCAUACUGUCUUCAUAUGAAACAGGAUCACUCGAUCUGAUUUGAACUCAUCAUGUGCUAGCAUCACAUUGAACAUAGGAAAAAUGUAAAUAAACAACUAGCCUCAAAAACAGCAUCAGAAUAAAUAAUACGCUCUACGUACAUACUUACGUGAGUUUCUGGACAAGUUAACUACGCCAUUUAACACAUUUGGGUUUGGUAGGUCUGUGACUUGCUUUGCUUAGCAGUUAAAAAUUAACUGGUCGAGGAUACGAUCUUGUGAUUAGUUUAUAGCGAAAUGUUUAACUUGUAAAAACAUUUACUUCAUGACUAGUUUGUUCUCUGAGUAAUGGGACGAUAUGCCCGUCUAAUUCAUAGACCUAGCCUUAGCAGCCUCACUAGUCGAGGGGACACUUUGCGCAACACUAUCCUUAGUUCUUUUAACUUGGCCCAGCACUUUAACAACUUUCGAAGAAAGCGGAAUUUUGAAAAGUUUUUGGAUAAGCAGCUGUACCAGGUAGAAGUUGGUUUAGAAUUUAGUGUAGAGGUUGACGAGGAGGACGACGGGCGUGAAGUUUUGGUGGUCCAAGGCGAAGGUGCAGAGGGGGGUGUUGUUGAGGGUUGGAAUACUAAUUGGAGGACUCUCGCCAUGGCAGGUUUCGAAGGCGAAAUGGGCGUCUGGGAUCUCUCGAAUGCAAAACUGCUGCAGACGUUGUCACUCAGCCACGGAGAUGUCAACAGCGUCGCUUUUGGGAGGAACUUCAUCCUGGCCACAGGAUCUGGGGACAAGCGAGUAGAAAUCUGUAAAUGGAAAAAGGGAGAAGGUUUCGCAAGGGUGGAAUUUUCGCCGUUAAAGGAACAUAAAUACACGGUAUCCUGUGUCGACUUUUCACCAUAUGGGACCAUUUUGGCGACGGCGUCAGUAGACGGGACAACAAUUUUAUGGGACGCAACGAACGGAGAUAAAUUGACUAGUUUCAUCCAACCAGGGAACAGCGCUGUGAGAGUAUGCCAGUUUUCACCUCGAUCAACUUUACUCCUAACUGCAGGGGAUUGUGGUUCUGUACAUAUCUGGGACAUUUCCACAAGGACAUUGAAACGAACCCUGCAAGCACAUGAAGAAUCAGUUUAUGCCGGAAGCUGGACGGCAGAUGACAGUUACGCAGUAAGCGGAUGUAGUGCUGGCUUACUUCAUUUAUGGGACUGCGGAGACUCUGACGCCAAUAAACCAUUGACAACUGUGGAAAACGCUCAUGACCUAGGAGUCACAAGCAUAUGUUUCGCACCAGCGCUUAUUACUGCGGAGGGUGGUAUCGGGAAACUUUGUUUGAUGGUCACGGGGGGACAUGACCAUUGUGUAAAACUGUGGAACGUCACCCUGGGGGGUUUAAAGUCAAGCAUUCGUCCACUUCGUGUCCUCCAAGGGCAUUCAGAAUCUGUUAUGUGUGUCCGGGUUAGCUCCGUAGGUGGAUUGAUUGCUAGCACCUCGGGAGAUAAAACUGUCCGAUUGUGGGAGCUCAGUGGAAAAUGUAUCAAAGUCCUCGAAGGACACAAUCGAUUUGUCACUUCAUGUGGAUUUUCUGCAGAUGGAAAGCUCUUAACGUCAGGAUCGAACGAUAAGCAAGUAAUAAUUUGGGAUUUGGCUGGAACCAUCAACACGGAUGAAGAGCUUCAGUCUUCUCUGGGAGUAGAAUUCAGCCUUUCAAGUGGGGAAAUGUGGCCUCAAUAUGAAAAGCUGUGUCGAUCAAGGAUGUUGCAGGAAGAAAAUGGCGUUGUGCUCAAAGCAUCGUACGAAGUACACAAAGUAGAUUUUAACUCAUGUGUGUUUGUCGGAACAACUUUGGUCGUAGCUGGGGCCAGCAGUUCAAAGUGUGUGUUUGCCUGGAACCUUGACACCGGCGUGGAAAUCGACAUUGCUCAAAUAUGCUCCCAUAAAUAUGCAGUCAAUAGUGUUGCAUAUUCACCAUCAGCAAAUCUUAUUGCCUCAGCAAGCACGGAUGGAACAAUUAACCUGUUUAAUACUGAAAAAAAAGCUGGUGGGAUUUAUCAUCCAAGCGGUGGUGCUUUGCGCGUAUGCAAAUUUUCUUUCGAUGGAUCUUUGCUGGUGGCAGCUGGUGAUGAUGGGAAGGCGUCAUUGUGGAGGAUGAAAGACGUAUCAUUGAUAAAGCAAUUGGCAGAUAUUGAUGCAAUAAAUGGAGCUGCUUUCUCACCGGAUGGUCAAUUCCUUGUGACCUGUUGUGCAAAUUCCAGUGGUUACAUCAAACUGUGGGAUUGCACGGAUGAUUCUACAAACCCAAUAAUUAGUCAAGAAGGCCAUGAGCUUGGCGUAACCUCUUGUGAAUUUUCGCCUGUAGGCCUGGAUGGAACCCAUGGACAGCAUAGAUUUCUGUUGGCCACUGGAGGAAACGAUUCCUUAAUUAAGAUUUGGUACGUGGAUGUCAGGCCAAAUAAGUGGGCUGCGUUUACAUUAUGUCACACCCUGACGGAUCAUGGAACUGCAAGCGUUAUGUGUGUUGCUUUUGCACCGUCUGGCAAACUACUUGCUAGUGCCGCUGGUGACAAGACCGUCCGAUUGUGGGAUGUGAUAUCUGGUGCCUGCCUUCACGUGGUAGAAGGACAUGAUCGUUACGUCACAUCUUGUGCAUUUGCUAUUGGCAGCUCUAUGUUGGCAACAUGUUCAAGCGAUCACACUGUAAAAGUAUGGCAGCUACAAGGUUCUCUCGCCUAUGAAACUGUCAGUGUGGAACACAUGGCUAUAGAAAAUCUAAUUUCCAAAUGGAGUUGUGAUGAAGUUGUUAACUGGCUUGCUGAAAUUGGACUGGGUGACCUUGGGCAUAUUUUCGAGUCUAAUGAAAUCAGCGGAGAAAAAUUAGCAACGAUAACGGACAAGAUACUAUUAACUGAUCUUUCCAUCGAUGAUGAAAGCCUGCGAAAGAAAAUUAUGACAGAAAUCAAGUGGCUAAAGUCAUUGGGCAUUAGUUCAUCAAAAACAAGACUGUCCAAAUCAAUGACAAUAGCUGCACCUGUUGAAUUUUUCUGUCCAAUCACUCACGAUAUAAUGAUCGAGCCCGUAACAACCUGUGACUCUCAUACAUAUGAGAGACAAGCUAUCACCGAAUGGUUUCUGACUGGAAAGACGACCAGUCCCCUUACCAAUAUCGAGUUGCACAUCAUGACGCUCACACCAAACUUUGAAUUACAAAAUCGAAUAUCGGAAUUUCUAUCUCAACGUCUGAAUGCUGAAUAGUCUUUCAUUCAAGUUGACACCACUCAACCCAACUUAACGGAGAAUGAACGCAAAAAAAUCUUAUACACAUGUGCUGUGUGUAGGAAAACCGACGUUGUUUUUGAAUUGUAUUUGACAUGAAAUGAUUCAACAACAAACGUGAAAGCAAUAUAUAUAAUCAUUAUAUAUCCAUAUUUUAACAAUUUAUGUGCACAUUGCUAAAUACACUAAAUGUGUGUGUAAUGUGGAUGGAGUUAAUGUAUUUAAAAAUUGUCAAUAUAUUCCACCCAUUUCAGCCACUAAAUGCCUAUCACAGAGAAUCACAAAGACAGAAACAAAUGUUGGUAGUCUACAUAGAAGACAGUUUUGCACAGGCCAAAAAAACUAUUAUCGUAAGAGGUAUUAUCUGUGAUGUAAUUUUUUGAAAUAUAUUUAUAGACAUUCAUACGACCUUAAAUCAGAACCAAAAAAAUCAGUUGCACAAAUUCCUAGGCUAUACAAACAUUGUGUAGUACCAAUUCUCUCAUAUCAUGUAAACUAUAAAGGCAACCAGAAUAAGUAAAAUAUUUAUAGGGUGUUGUAGAGAGCUGAUGUACAAAUAAAUAUGUCAAGAAACUUGCUUUCUCUAAAAUCAUAUUGUAUUCAAAAUAAUAAUGAACUUUCCAGUAUUGCAACACAAUUUAUUGUUGAUUAUAAAUUUACACUGUUCGCAAUAAACUCGCAUUGCAAUAAAAAAUGUCUUUAGCCUG